AUGGUUGACUCAAAUAUCUUCCUUGAUGUGACUAGUGAAGCAAGAAAGGAGACGCUCGCCGUCUUUGACUUCAAGACCCAAGUGCAACAAUUCAUUGAGUUCGACAAGAAGAAGUGGCGAUUGCCAGGCAGACACUCCCCUACCGAAGAGCAGACUGUUUUCACCGUUCUGUUCGGCACUUGGGACUUGCUCCAGUUCUCUGCUUUGGACAAGGACGCCGCUAUACGUGCAAUCGAGCGCAGUGUGCAGGAGCUGUUUCACAAUCUCGAUGUCCUCGCCGACCAUGUCGGCAAUCCCAAGGUUACAGUUCCCAGCCUAAUGGAUGUGACAUUUCUCCCACGCUAUGCCGACAGGAAGAAUGAGUCAGCCACAGAAUUUGCGCAGAAACAACACCAAGCCGUGUUUCUCUGGUCUUAUUGGAACACGGCCCUGUCUCAGGCAGCUUCGGAAUGGGCCAGAGGCGACGUGUUUGUGCCAAAUGUUCACGACAUUGUCAUGGAAGAAGUCCGUGCAAAACAGAUGUUCACUAAUCGGGUUGCCGAUGCCAAAGGCAAUGGAAGACAGGAGCCGCUCUUCGAAGAGGUGGAAAAGCCAUGUCUGGUACAACACCCAAACGCACAGAAUCUGCAAGCAGCCGCUCACCCUUGCACUGACCCCGACACGCAUCUAUUCUGGGACGAUAUGCAUAUCAGCGGGCCUGCUCAAGAGCUAAUCGGAAAGGAAGCCGCACGCCUGGUACGGGGUAACGAGACUGUCAAUAGUGACGCCCGGCAACGAGCAAGACUGCAGUCUGCUACCGACGAGAAAAACGAAGGAGACAAGGGUGCUAAUUUCAAUUUGAAGUUUCCCCCGGGGUAUUGA